CUCCUGGGUUUUGGGGACACAGGCAUUUGAGAGUGACUUGAUCCAGGACCCCUGGGUGGCAGGGAUGCCCGGGAAUCCCAGGGAUGCCUGGCCGCAGGAGUUCGGGUCUCAGCGGGGCUCGGGGCUCUGGCGGGGGCGAUAGGACACCUCACCGCCCAGGGAGUGGUCGAGGAGUGCAGAAAGGAUGAGGGUACCCUCAGAAAUUCGAGCUGCCCUGUCCAGACCAUGGAUCCUGAGGUGUCCCUGCUGCUGCAGUGCCCCCGGGGUGGGCUACCUGAAGAGCAGGUGCAGGCCGAGCUAAGCCCAGCCUACGACCGUCGCCCACUGCCAGGAGGGGACAAGGCCAUCGCUACUGUCUGGGAGAACCGGCUACAGGCACAGCCUUGGCUCUUCGACGCCCCCAAGUUCCGCUUGCACUCGGCCACCCUGGCACCUGCUGGCUCUCUGGGGCCACAGCUGCUCUUGCAUCUGGGCCUGACUUCCUACCGAGACUUCCUGGGCACCAACUGGGCCAGCUCAGCUGCCUGGCUGAGACAGCAGGGGGCUGCCGACUGGGGCGACAGGCAGGCCUACCUGGCGGACCCUCUGGGGGUAGGCGCUGCAUUGGCCACCGCCGAUGAUUUCCUUGUCUUCCUGCGACGCUCUUGGCAAGUGGCUGAGGCUCCUGGGCUGGUGGAUGUGCCUGGUGGACACCCUGAGCCUCAGGCCCUGUGCCCUGGUGACACCCCCCGGCAUGAGGACCUCCCUGGGGAGCUGGUAGUUCGGGAGCUCUUCUCCAGUGUCCUGCAGGAGAUCUGUGAUGAGGUGAACCUGCCGCUGCUCACCCUGAGCCAGCCCCUGCUGCUGGGCAUCGCCUGCAACGAGACAAGCGCCGGCCGUGCCAGUGCCGAGUUCUAUGUGCAGUGUAGCCUGACUUCUGAGCAGGUGAGGAAGCACUAUCUGAGUGGGGGACCUGAGGCCCACGAGUCCACAGGAAUCAUCUUUGUGGAGACACAGAGCGUGCGGAGGCUGCAGAAGGCGGAUGUCUGGGCCGAGCUCUGUCCCUCAGCCAAAGGUGCCGUGCUCCUCUACAGCCGGGUCCAGGGCAGUGCCCUUGGGUCCCCAGCCCUGUAACCACAGCUUUGAAGACAAUAAAGGACUUUAUUCUUGGA